AUGCAUUGGCUUGGUUCCUGCUCAGGUAACCCGGGCUGUGGCGUUGAGCAGGCAGGUCGGCCGUCGGCCGGUUCUGCUGGGUUGAAGCCGUGCGAUGGGCGCGAGCGGCCUGCUUGCAGGGUCAGCACACCAUCGGGUCGAGGAAGCAAUGGCGUGGCGGUCACUGCGGAAGACCUUGCCCUUCGGGAGGACAUCUGCUACCAGAUCUUCGGAGAUGUCGGACCGCUGAUCAGGGACUUCUCGUGCGCGUGGGACCACAAGGUGGUGAUGCACGGCCGGAUGUACGUAACCGAGCGAAGGCUGUGCUUCUACGCCAACUUUUUCGGGCUGGAGGCGAAGAUGUCCUUGAGGCACGAAGAUGUCGCCAGGUGCAGCAAGGGCAACUCGGCUAUCUUCAUCCCCAACGUCGUCGUCGUGCAGGACAAAUCCGGGAAGGACUUCGUGUUCCGAGCGUUCUGGGAGAGGGAUGAGUGCCACAGCCUGCUGGAAGAGCUGAGGCGCGAGGCAGGAGAUGUCCUUGCCCGGGCAGAACAAGCCAAGGCCAAGAUGCUGCUACAGGAGGCCGACGGGGACGGCGGGGAAGAUGACCGCCUGUUGCCGCCAUCGGGGGCUCCGCCAGAUGCGGCGCCGGGGGCGGGGGCGGGGCGGAGGGCUAGUAGCUGGGACGGGGAGGCGAGCCGGCCGGCUUUCCAGAGCAAUGGAGGGAUCGGGUACCCGCUACUGGAAGAUCUCUCGGCGGCGACGGCUCCGCCUGUUUCUCCACCGCCAGCGAGCGUGUACCAGAAGCUGGCGCCGUCCGCGCUGCCGCGAGAGAGCAGCAGCUCUUCCUCCUCAGAGGUUAGCUUCGGCAGGAGAACGCGCGUCAGGCACUCUGUGUCGCCGCCGCCGGUGCGGACCACCUCCUACUCCGGCGGCGGCGGCGGCGGCGGCGGAGCAUCGGGCUCUUCAUCGCUCCCGACCUCCCCGAGAGCGAUGUCCACCUCCCCCGCCGGCGCCGGCGCCGGUGCGGCAGCCACCACCGCGAGGGGGAGAUCCUACUCGAUGACCCCGGGGGGAGACGGCGGCGGAGGCAUGGUCAGGGCCUCGACGAUCGGCAGCAGCUGUAGCAGCAGCGGCGGCGGGGCGGUUCCCCCUAGGCCGGCCAAGCUCGGCCUGGCGGUUUUGGGGGCUGAUCACGACCUGCCUUCCCCAGCGCCGCCGCCGCAGCCGCCGCCGCUUUUUCUGAACGGGGACGACGGUAGUGGGCGGCGGCAGCAGCGGCAACAGCGGCAGGGACAACAACGGCCGUCGCCCCUCGCGACGGCGGUGAUCACGGGGGCCGGGCGGGCGGGGUGGGGUUCCCCGGAGGCGUCGUGCUCUUCGAGGACGGGGACGCCGAGAGGGCAGCAACAGCAGCAUGACGGCGACGGCCACGCUCCCGCGAAAGGGGUCGGAGCGGCGGCGGCAGCCACAGCGGGAGCUGCGGUCGAGGGUGCGGCGGAGUCGGCGAAGAAAGCGGCUCGGACGAGCGGUUUGGAGCACCGGGAAGUCGGCGGCAACGGCGGCGGUGUUGAUGGAGAGGUGUCGGAAGGGAAAGUACAGGAGCAGAAGGAGGGGGAAAAGGACAAGCAGCAGGCGCCGGAGGCUGGCGGGCGCAAAGCGGGCCUGGUCAGGCAGGGGUCCAAGCUGUGGAACAUGAUGCGGUGGGACAGCGGGGGGCGGGCGGGCGGGGCGGGAGACGGGGGGGUAGACCCGGAGGCCGACAGGAAGGCGAUGGAGGAAGCUAUUUCCGCGGGAGGCGAUAGUCACGCGGAGGUAGCGACGGCAGAGUUCGACGUCUCCGUGAAGGAGUUCUACGAGAGAUUUGUCGCCGACGACGCCCCUUACAGUUUGCCGGACUUCCACAUGAGCCGAGGCGACUGGGAGGUGGACGCUGGUGAAUGGCAGCAUACGACAAAGGAAGGAGAAGGAGGGGGAGGAGCCGCGGGUUCAACCAAGGGAGAUGGGGGCGGCCUGCGGGGCCCCCGUCCCCCCGGAGGGGGAGGCGUAACUCGCGCCAUCCGGUUUAAGACGCCCUUGCAUAUCACUUUUAUGAGCAGCCCGGGACACGUGCGCACGCUGAAGCGGCAGCGGUCCCGCGUUUUCGGGGGCCAGGGCUGCAUCGUCGAGACGCAAACCACGGUAGAGGACCGCAUCCCGCUAAACGACAACUUCCACGUCGAAGACCGGUGGAUCAUUCGACCAGCGGCGGACGACGAAGGUAGCGGCACCGGCGGCAAGCCGCGCUGCACCGCGACGGUGACCUGGCGGUGCGUGUGGCACAAGUUUACGGUGAUCAAGGGGCUCAUCGAGGGCAAGUGCCGCGCCGACGUGAAGUCGUUCAACAUCGCAUUCCUACAGGGAAUGCGGGAGCACCUGGAAUCCGAGGGGGCCCGUGGAAUCAAGCGUUGCCCCAGCUUACGGGAUGCUCUCUUGUCGGUCGGGUCCGGGAGGAGGAUUUCGAGAGACAGGUCCCUCUCCGGCCGAAGCCUGCUGUCGCCGUUCGCGGAUUCGGAGGAUGGAGAUGGCGGCGGCGGAGGGGGGACGGGGGACGUGUUGUUGUCGUUGAACCGGAAUGUCGAGGAGUGGGGGCGCAGCAGCCUAGCCCUGCUCGACGUGCGAGAAGAAACCCGGCGCCUUUCGGGCGAUCUCCUCCAGCUAGACCAAGCCAUUGGCGCGAGCCGCGGCGGCAGGAGAAAUGCCCACGGAGUGGCAGAAGCUGUUGACGAUCUGGGGGACAUUCUCCGAGAGAUGGAGGAAAAGGUGAAGAGAAUAUCGCAGCGGGCGGACGGCGCGCUGGAGGCCCUCAACGAAACAGCCUCCCAGAUACGGGACGCCGCGGCUUGCCCGCCAGCAGCGACGGCGGGCGCCGCGGCAGGGAACGAUCGCAACACUACUCCCUGCGAGGAUGUGUGUGCUGCUUCUGGUUCUGCUUCUGGUGGAAGAUCUUCUUGAAGUGCUCUGCUUCUGAUUCCGGAAGAUCGUUCUUUCUGCAAGUUGCAGCGGCAUCGCGAAAUUAAACAUCGCAUGUUUUUUUUUUUUUUUGCGAGAUUUUUUUUUUUUUACUCCGUCCUCUCACAGGCUGCAACAGCGGCAGUGCCGUCGUUCAUAGAUUGUUUUUUGGUGUCACGUGCCGUCGCCUAGCUAUUGAGUCGUCGCGCGCAGAGAUCGCAUGAGUUGGUCCUUGUAUUUUGUGUGUCCCUCGCGUGUUGGCCCCUCUGCUGCAUUUCGACGGCGUUUCUUGUUUACCUGUAGACGUUUUUGGGGUUGGUGCCUUUCAGCCCACCCGCUGUAAACGAUUUGACUUUCCCCCUUUCUGCCACGAGCAGAAGCGUGGGCCUACGUUGGCAAUUGUUUCCGUCCUUCUCAGCCGGCAAUAAAAAAAAUGUUCCUGCCCCUGAGAAGAGAGACUAGAUUUUUUCGCUCGCUGUGGAUUGGGUGUUGUUGGAGAAGGUUGCGUACGUGGGCCUUCGCCUUGGCACAGAGGGCACGAAAGCAAGGGUGGCGAGUCCACGGCUAGCGCCUAUUUAGCUAGAGGAUGGAUGUUCAGUAAUAGCCGUGCUCCUCUGUGAUGAUGUGUGUGGGCGAGGAGGAGAGUGGGUGCUGUAGAUUGGAGAGGUCUCCGAGAGGUGGCUAGAUUACUUGUUGGGCGUGUGGUUUUCUCGUGUCGUUAAAAGAAAGGUGUUUUGGGG